UCAGCCCUUUCUUGAGUAAUCUCCAUCAAGUCGGACUCACAGACUGAAAAUUCGGUCGCUUUCCGGUCAUCCCUGCGUUUGCACUUGUUUGUGGGGCGUCUUCAAUAGACAUCAAAGUGCACGGCCAUUGUGACCAUGAACAGCGAGGUGCGACACCAAGUUCUUUCGGUAGUGUAUGGCUAUCCUCGCUUAGCUUGUGAGAUAGUCAGGUACGUUAUCGGUAGGAGAAAAGACAACCUCGAGGACACCAUUCCCGAUUCUGGACGGAAUUCUGCAGUAUCACCUUGAUUUUCAUUCUCCUCAAUGCUGUUCAGAUUGCUAUCCUGCAAUGAUCACCAUUCGAUCGUGGAUUUAGAAACGGGAGAGCGGGUUCCAUUAGGUAGUAGGAUGCGGAUCUUGAGGAUGAAGCGUUGAUCUACUCAGUCCUUCAUUGCCCGUCGUCUAGCAAUCGAGGGCAGAGGCAGGUGAGCUCUUCGCUCGAUCGCGUGCUUACAUCCGUGGCCAUCAAAGAUAUCUUCUUUCAGCUCGAUCAGAGCAAAAUCUGCGCUACGUGUGGGUGAUGGCUCUGAAGCUCUUCGGGCGUUCGAACAGACUUUCAAACUGCUUUGUUGACCCGAGCAGAGAUGCGAGUCACUUCCGUUCGGGUCACACCAUCAACACUAUCACCUAGUCAUAGCCUUCCCGGUGUUAGCCUCUACUCCCAAGUUUACACCUCCGUUUCUCAUGAUGAUGGUUAAGCCGUCGCUCUAGUGCCCAGAAGAGCUCUCUUCUGAGCUGACGCGCUGACAUGGUUGAUGUUUCUUUGACAUCACUCGUGGCUGUAACUUUCCGACUUUCCCACGUCCAAAUAUGUUUUAGUAUUGCAAAAGUGUUCAUUUUGGACUGGCGGUAAUCUCUGGGGCUUGCACCGCUGUCAUUUGGAUCCUAGAUUGCGAGGGACCAUGAUUUUUUCUCCUUCCUUCCACAAUGGUUCUGAUCCAGAGAGUUUGGCUCGUCACUGGUACCUCCUCAGGCUUUGGAAAGCGUCUUGUAGCCUCAAUCCUUAAUCGGGGUGACCGAGUCAUUGCUACCGCUCGGUCUCUGGAGAAAAUUCAAUCCCUUCGGUCGUUACCUGGAGCCAACCCUUCAACAUUACAUCUUCUACGCCUCGACAUUACCGAUAGCAUAGAAACCAUUCAACAUGUCGUCGGCGACGCCCUUUCAGUAUGGGGUCGUAUUGAUGUUCUCGUGAACAACGCAGGCUACGGUAUGAAAGCAACAAUUGAGGAAGGCGGUUCGCUCGCUGCCUUGACCCAGUUUCAGACUAACGUGUUCGGUGUCAUUAAUGUCACCAACGCCGUUAUUCCACAAAUGCGAGAGCGUAGGUCAGGCACCGUUGUCAUUAUUGGUAGUCGUUCUGGUUGGAACCCUGCCAUGCCGCCCGUAGGUUUUUAUGCUGCAUCGAAGGCAGCCAUUCAUGCUAUUGGCGAGACCUAUUCCACGGAGCUCGCUGCAUUCUCGAUACGUGUCAUGGUCGUCAUUCCGGGUUCAUUUCGUACAGAAAACGUCCUCGGGCAGCCUAUGACGAUCCACAGACAUGUACCUGAGUACGAUAUGCUUCGGGAGGCCGCGGCACAGAAAUUCGCUGCGUUAGCGGGAACUGAACGUGGUGAUCCCAACAAGGCAAUGGAGCUUCUCGUUGACGUUGUGAGAGGGGAGGGUAGGGCGUACGGUAGGGAAUGGCCGAUGUGGCUGUUCAUGGGCAAAGAUGCGUAUAGGGACGUGCGGAAUAAGUGCGACAGGGUACUGAAGACCCUGGACGUCUGGGAAGACAUUGCCACGGACUUGGAAUUUGAUGAUCUCUGACCAUCACUAAUCGCUGUGUCUUGGGACUUUUGGAUUCUUAGGAAACAGUAUUCGUAUCACACACUCUAAUCACCGUACUAUUACAUUCUAUCAGUCGUAUCCUAUAUUCAUUCUAAUUACAGUAUAUAACCGACGAUUAAUUAACGUGACUUGUGGUUCCACAUUCCUUCUUGUGCUGUCCA